AUGACAUGCCACGUGAGCGCCCCUGAGUGUGGGACACGCUUAGUAGAAUUAGGCAUGAGUUCGUUAUCGCUGUUAUACCAGCCACCCCUACUACUGCUGCUGCAGCCCACACCACAAGGCAGCCACUACAAGGGCACCGGGUCCACGGCUGCAUCCUCUGCCUCCUCCGCUGGCUUGGGCCGCCUUAGCCGGAUGCUCCACCUCCUCUUCUACCUCUCCCUGGUGGCUGCCUCCACCUUCUCUGGCAGGUAUAUCUACCACAUCCUGGACCAAGUCCAGCAGGUCCAGCGCAGCCACCAGUCCUGCUCCUGGCAGCGCGAGGAGCUGAGCCAGGGCUUGCAGGGCUUGGAGCAAGAGGUGCAGUCUCUGCCAGCCACAUUUGGGACCUUUGAGUCCAUCUUGAGAAGCUCCCAACAUAAGCAGGACCUCAUGGAGAAGGUGGUGAAGCAAGGAGAGUGUGAGAUCAACUGCAUCAGUGAAGGCCUACAGAAGUGGAAGAACAAGAUCUUCAAAUACCUCUCAGACAUCCACAUGGUGAGAGGUGCCCAAGAGUGUGACUUCACGCCCCUGGAGUACAUGGUGAAGGAGUGGCUGACAGUCUCAAAAUCCAUCAACGAUGCCAUCUUCACCAAAGUCCAGAAGAGAAGCCAGAGGAAAUUAACAACCUGA